AUGACAACUUCUCCACCAGUCAAAAAGGCUCUUGCAGGGUUGCUACGAGACCCUGCAAACAAUACGUGCGCCGACUGUAAGGCUGCAUCACACCCGCGGUGGGCAUCAUGGUCCUUGGGAGUGUUUAUCUGCAUCAGAUGUGCCGGUCUGCAUAGAUCGCUCGGUACCCAUAUUUCGAAGGUCAAGUCGGUAGAUUUAGAUGCGUGGAAGGAGGAAGAGUUAGUAAACCUCGUUAAAAUGUGCAAUAAUCGAAUUGCAAACGACUACUACGAGGCCAAGCUGCCAGAAUCAAUGCGCAAACCAAUUACAGACGCUAAUCAGUUACAAUCGUUUGUGAAAAACAAGUAUGAAAAGAAGAAAUGGAUCUCAACUGGUGAGCAGCCGAAUGGUAAAAGUGAAGCUGCGGAGGACAUAAAACCACAACUGAGUAGUACCGAAAGUUUAUUAGCAGAUUUCGAAGAGGUGCAGCCGAAGCUUCAAAAAACAAGUUCAAGCACUAGUAGUGUUACGAGCACGAGCACAAGUAGCAUGCUAAACUUACGACUUUCCUCCAUGGCUAAGAAUAGAAUCGAUCAACAGAAUAAUAGGGAUUCAAAUAGACCAGAUUUAAAAAAAUCAAUACUUUCAUUGUAUUCUAAGCCGAAAGAUAACAACGUCACAAAGAACUCAUUCUAUCAAUCGAGUAAUUCUACGGGAGCAUCAUUACCUAUCAGCAACAGCAUUGGCACUACUAAUGGCAGCAACAAUAGCAAUGCCAACAAAACUGAAAAUAAUUUGUCAAUAAGCUCGUUGGACGAGAACGAGCUAUUCAAAAACGUUUGGACGUAG